UUCUUAGCGCAGCGUUUUCUGAAUGAGAGACGCCGAAGACAAACGUGCUGCUUUGUUUGUUGAAGUCAGCGACAUUUCUUUUGGCUGUCUAACGGGAGAAGGGGAAGCCGCGUUUGGAAGGAUAGUUGUGUUUUUUGUUUGUUUUUGUUGACAGGUGCUGUCAGGAGUGUGAGAGAGGGAGAAACUGCGCGCCCACUCUGCUCCCCUCAUGCCAGAGCAACAAGUGUAAUGUUAGUCGACGCUGCACUUGUGAUGGGGACAGAGCUUUGUGCGGAGACUCCACAGAUUGUGAAAUCCUACCUAUCAUGCGAAGGCUUUGGCCGUGGUUUGUGCGUGUAUGUGUGUGAGGCACACAAGGCGGUGUAACAGAGAGCCAAGCUUGGGAGCUUCACCCUAGGGGCACUGGCCUGUAAAAAGUGGCCCUGUGACCCUGGAACCAUGGAACCAUGACCGUCAUCACUUAUUCAAAUGGUGUUGGAAAGCUCCAAAACAAAGUUCCCCAGCAGCCGUCUAGCUGCCCGCAUGCUCCACGCGGAUCCAGCAUGCUGAAUCCAGAGGUUCCACAAUUGUGCAGGGUUAGAAGAUAUUCAGAGAAGAAGAAGGAAAGGAGGAGCAUGCAAAAUGUAAAAGGAAGGUGGCAAAAAUCAAGCAAAGGAAUCAACGGUCCUAAAGAUUUAAAAGGCAGAGGAGGAGAAGGAGGCAGGGCAAAUAGGGAAGGCAUAAAUAAGCUGGAGGUUUCUGUGAUGUUGUCAAGAAGAAAAAGUGAACACAUGUCAGAAGAGGGCAUGAGAAGGAGGAAACUUUGGAACAUGUCUCCAGUGCUGCUGCUGAUGAGAAACAUCACUGAAAAAAACAUGCAGAUGCAGAUCUGCUUCGUUGCUCGGAAAUGGCCUCAGGUCCUCCUCUGGUGGUGUCUGCUCUUUCUCAGCCUCUGCACUCCGCUUGCGUCAUCACAGGGUCAUUUUCCACGUAUGGAGAACAUCGCUGCUUUCAAACCCGUGUCAACGCUUCCGCCUCGACUCACGUGUGGCGUUCCAGAGCAGAACAGCUACUGCCAGUCACCUUCGUCACAGACUGAGCUGUUGAGGUGUUUUCAAGCCUUCUGUGUUCAAGAGUGCCCUUAUAGAUCCUCCACACCUCCAUAUGCUCCCCUACUGUUAGCUCCACAAAGAGGUGCCUGCGUAACUGAAGAAACUGAAGACUCACAGGGGCCGACUCAGAUUGAUACUGAAGGCCCUGAAAGUUCAGACGGUCCUGCUGGAUCUGGAAGUGUGCUGUUUCAACCGGACCAGGAUGGAUGUCUGAUCUCUCCUCCUUCACAAGCACUGGGAGCUCUGGGUUCACUAACCUUAGCAGUGUGGAUAAAACCAAGCUCAUCUGGGGAGAUGAUGCUGUUGGAGAAGUGUUCAGCCUCUCGCCUGUCGUUUUCUGUGGCGGUGUCGGAGGACUCUGUCACCUUACAGUACGGCCAAUCCAGCAGUCCAAAGACUUAUUCAGUCAGCUUCAGAACAGAGGGCAGGCUGCCACUAGAAACAUGGACACAUCUUACUUUGCAGAUCCAUGACAGACAAGCAAAUCUUUUCAUUGAUGGGCUGGAGGCAGAUGGAACACCAUUUGACACAAAAAAUUUGGCCAGCAUGCUCUUUGAUGUUGGCGAUGAUGGUGCCAUGUGGGUUGGACGGAGCUCCAAUGGGUCUAAUCAGUUCAUUGGAUGGAUGCAGGACUUUAGAUUUUAUCCUGCCACGUUGACAAACAGAGAAAUAGUUGAGCUGUAUUCAGGAGUCUUGCCAAAGCUUCAUGUCCAGUCUGAGUGUCGCUGUCCUCCCAGUCAUUCCAGAGUACACCCUUUAAAUAAAAGGUACUGUAUUCCCAACGCGGUUGAGGACACCACCAGUGACAGGGUCUUAAGACUGAACCUUAAUGCUCACUCACUUGGUUACAUCAACGACCAGGACAUGAGUACUGCUUGGCUGUCUAAGAUCAUGACCGCACAAGAACUGGAUGAAGGAGUUACUAUCACUGUUGAUUUGGCUAAUGGACAGUACCAGGUGUUUUAUGUGAUACUCCAGUUUGGAGGACUCUUGCCGGAGUCUGUUCGGAUUCAAAGACGGAAGGUUAACCUCAGAGCGUCUGAGAGUGGCGUCAGCACUGAACAGCCCUGGUUGGACUGGCAAUAUAUGGCCAGAAACUGCAGCGACUUUGAAAUGCUCAGCAAUGGACCUUUGUUAAGACCAGACUCAGUCAACUGUGUGCAGUUGCCCGGAGAUGUGCCUUUGUCAGGAGGAAACAUCACUUUCAGCCUUCUGACCAGCCUCAGGCCUGGAUACAACGACUUCUACAGAAGUCCUGCCCUGCAGGAAAUGGUACAAGCUGCCCAGGUCCGAAUACAUCUGAGAGCACAAUACCACAGCAGAGCAAUGGGGGUGAACUCCAAACACAGAUACUUUGCAAUCAGAGAAAUUACCAUAAGUGGCAGAUGUGAAUGUCAUGGGCAUGCUGACCACUGUGACACCAGUGUCACACCUUACCGCUGCCUGUGUCUGCCAGAGAGUCACACAGUGGGAAAUAAUUGCCAGCAUUGUGCUCCUCUCUACAACGACAAACCCUUCAGGCCUGGUGAUCAGCUCCAACCUAUGAACUGCAGACCUUGUGAGUGUCAUGGCCACGCCCUCUCUUGUCAUUAUGAUGCUGAAGCUGACGACCAACCAGAUGAACACUAUCGAGCAGGAGGAGGAGUCUGUGACAACUGCAUGCAUAACACCACAGGAAAGAACUGCGAGGAGUGCAGGAGUGGAUUUUUUAGGCUGCAGGGUUCUGAUCCUUUUUCAGUGGACGUGUGCCAGCCCUGUAACUGCAACACUGCUGGAACGGUCAACAGUAGCUCAGAGUGUGCCCAGAUAGGAGGACAGUGCCGGUGUAAGGCUGCAGUAACAGGCCGUCAGUGUACAGAAUGUUUGCCUGGUUGGUAUGGUCUGGAUUCCUCUGGUCCAAAAGGCUGCAUUUCCUGCAAUUGUAGUGACCUGGGCACAGUCAGCAUCACGUCAGGAGAAGUUCCCAAGUGUGAUCAAAACACUGGACAGUGCCAGUGUAAACCUCAUGUCACAGGUCUCACGUGUGACCACUGUGAGUUUGGUUUUUGGAACUUUUCCCACCCAGAAGGCUGCAUCCCAUGUGGCUGUGACCCCCUUGGUUCUCUUAGUCUAUUUUGUGAGCCUGAAAGGGGCCAGUGUGAGUGUAAGUUCGGGGUUGGAGGUCGUCGGUGCGACACCUGUGGACGGGGCUUGUUUGGUCUAAGGAUGGAGGGAUCCUGUACGAUCUGUAACUGUUCACGCAGUGGGACAGAACCUGGAACAGAUUGUGAUCCAUACACAGGACAGUGUGUGUGUAAGGAACAUGUAACUGGCCAUCAGUGUGACUCUUGCCGUCCUGGUUACCACACCCUGGAGCAACGAAAUUCCCUGGGUUGCCUUCCAUGUGUUUGUGACAGCAGUGGAACUGUGGCAGAGGGUGUCUGUGAUGUGAUGACUGGACAAUGCCCAUGCAAGGAGGGAGUGGAGGGAGUGCAGUGCAACAAGUGUGCAUCCAACUACUACAACAAGAGUUCAGACAUUGAGGGCUGCAUGCCGUGUAUUUGCGACCCCCGAGGAACAGUGGCGGGUUCCGUCUGUGACAGCACCACGGGACAGUGUGUUUGUGUUCCAACACGCCAUGGAAAGGACUGCAGUAACUGUCAACCAGGAUUUUACCUCUCUCUGGACCACAGUCUGUGUUUGGAGUGCGACUGCCAUCCAACUGGAGCUUCAAGUGGUUACUGUGAGAGCCAAACUGGACAGUGUGCAUGUACGGAUUCCUCCGUGGAAGGACAACGCUGUGAUCAGUGUGUUGAAAUGUUUUUUGGGUUCAACCCAGGCCUCGGCAGAUGUCAGCCUUGUGCAUGUGACCAGGUGGGCAGUGUCAAUGGUUCCUGCCAUCCAGACUCGGGGGCUUGUGUGUGUAAGCUCCUGGUGACUGGAGACAAGUGUGAUUCAUGCCAGCCUGGAGCAAGUCAUUUGGAUCCAGAGAACCUCUUUGGUUGCAGCAAAGCACCCUCCCAGCAGCCUGCACCAUUAGGCUUUGCCCUCAGUUAUUCAACCAUCCGCCUCUAUUGGAAUCCUCCUGACUCCCCAAACUCACACAAACUCAACUACACUCUCCUCAGAGAUGGACAGUCAGUUCAAACCAUCCAAAGUUUCCACCCUUUUAACCCUGAAUCAUUUGAGGACACUGGUUUGUUUCCUUAUACCAACUACACCUACUGGCUUGUAACAUCCAAUGUGGCUGGGGAGACGAUCAGUGCAUCAGCUUUGUGCCAGACUUUGAGCUCACCGCCUAAAGCUGAAGAUCUUCAUGUAAAUCUGCUGGGAAGACCAGGUCCAACCAGUGCUACCUUUAGUUGGAGCACGCAAAACAAUGAUACAGGCCCAGUUGAGAGGUUUGUGUUGUCCACUUCAGAGUCAUCGCAUGGAACUGACCCUGUGGCUCACUAUUCAGGACUAUCAACACAGGCUGUAGCAAGUGGUUUAAAGCCUUUCACACUGUACACUGCAAUUUUGGAUGCAUGCUCCUCAGGGGGUUGCACUUCUAGCGCACCACUGUCGUUUCUGACUGCUGCGGCUCUGCCACAAAACCAGCCUGCUCCCAGGGUCACCGCUGCUGGACCUCAUACCCUCCAUGUCUCCUGGGAACCUCCCCGUGAGCCCAAUGGUGUUAUCACACGGUAUGAGGUCUUUCUUCGUGGCCCAGUAGCCCCUCAGAACCACUCGACUCUUGCUAAUCAAAGAAGAGUUUUCUACAGUUCAGGUUGGCUGGAUCCAAGUGUAUCCCUGGAAAAGAUGCAAGUGAAUGGAAGCGAAGCAUCGUCCCCUGAAAACACGACAGUUAUUGGUGGACUGCAAGCUUUUUCGACCUACCAACUGAGAGUUGUGAGCCUCAAUAGUGCAGGAAGUGUCACAUCAGAUUGGACCACAGCGCGUACUGAGGAAGGAGUCCCAGAGUUUAUUGCACCCCCAGAAGUGUCAGCUCUGUCUGCUACAAGCCUUCGAGUGACCUGGAACACUACUGACGGUCAAGGUGUGAUUGCCAGAGGAGAGGUAAAGGAGUAUCAGGUUAACUUGCUUACUCUGCAGACAACCAAUCCCUAUGCUCCUCCAAUUGUUAGUAAGGUCUUACACAGGGUGGAACAAUCAUCACCCCCUAUUUAUGUAGUGAAAGGUCUGAAGCCUUUUCAUAUCUACAACUUCACUGUCACUCUCUGCACAAGAAAAGGCUGCAUCACCAGUCAGCCAAGCACAGGACUGACUUUACCUGCAGCACCAACAAACCUGUUUUCACCACGAUUACGUCCUGUAAAUGAAAGCACUAUUCACAUAACCUGGGAUCCCCCAGGAAAGCUGAAUGGACCAAGCCCAAUUUAUCAGGUGGAAAGGACAGAUGUGUCUCUCUCCGACCCUCAGCAAAGAGUUGUUAGAGGAACCAGAUUUCCGGGGAAUGGUUAUUACCAAUUUCCAAGUAACAUUCUGCCAAACAACACUGACUUUACAGGAAUUCAGAUGAGCUUCAAGACUCGAUCUCCGGAUGGCCUCCUGCUUUGUGCCUUUUCUCCGGGAGACCAGGAAGAGUUUCUGGCAGUCCAGUUAAAAAAUGGACGCCCCUACUUCUUGUUUGAUCCCCAGGGCUCAGCAGUGGCUGUGAGUGUAAACAAUGAUGGAGGUCACAACUACAAUGAUGGACAGUGGCACACCAUCGCAGCAGUGAGGCGAGGGGCCGUGGGAACAAUCGUUCUAGACGAUCAAUACAGCGGAAGUGCAUCAGCUUCCAGUGGCAGUACCAUCAUUGGUGAGAAUAUGGGAGUGUUCAUUGGUGGGCUCCCUAAAGAUUUUGCUCUUUUGAGGGAGGAUUCAGGAGAUGCCCAGCUUGUGCGACAGGGUUUUUCUGGCUGCCUCAGAGAUGUGAAUUUAAAGAUGACUGACAACCCCUCAGAGGAAUGGCAGUCCCUCGACUGGACAAAAGCCACAGAGAAAGUGGCAGUGUAUGAAAUCUGGGAGGGAUGUCCCUCUGAAACUGUGGAUGGAGCCUAUUUUCUGGGUCAUGGCUACUUGGAGUUGAGCCCUCACAUUUUCAGUGGUGGACAAGAUUUUGAGAUUUCCAUGGAACUCAGGACCGACCAACUCAACGCACUUUUACUUUUCACUCACCAUACACAGUCUGAAGACUACAUGCUUGUGGAGCUAAACUCUGGUCUCCUGUCCUUCACUCUUGCCUCCAAUGGCCAUGCGACAGAACUCAGUAUGUGGGUGGGGCUUAGUUACUGUGAUGGCGACUGGAAGCAGGUGUCAUUGGCCAAAAGGGGGUCAGUCAUCUCCGCUGCAGUUGAUGACUGGGAAGAGGAAAUAAAGGGAGUUGAAGGUGCAAGACUGAGGGUUGAUUCACCAUUUUAUUUGGGGGGGGUUCCAACAGAGCUUGUACAUUCUGCACUGAAAGACCAUAGUUACAAACAAGGCCUUGGUGGUUGCCUACGUGGUCUUACAAUUCGCAGUGAUGAAAAAAAACCACAUGUCAGUGAAAGAAUUCCUCUCUUUGUGGCCUCACGCCGCUCCGUUAGAGUCAAUUUGGACGGCUGUCCCACCAGUGAGAGCAGGUUCCACUGCAGAGGAAAUGAUUCAGUGUUGGUGUACAGCGGCAGGAAGACAGAAGCCAUGGACUACAGUCUACAACCUUUCACUGAAUACUUGUACAGGUUUGUGGCCCUGGGUGCUGGAGGCUGGACGUCCGGACCAUGGCAGCGAGGACGCAGCAAAGGCAAAGCACCUAUUUCUGUUCCACCUCCAAAUGCUGUGGAGAGCAUUAAUGGUUUCAGUGCCGCUGUAAACUGGUUGCCCCCUACUGAUAACAGAGGACCGAUUGACAGAUAUGAACUAAAGGCUUACAAUAGGGACAGUCCUGAGGUACUGCCUGUCCAAGCCUCAUACCCGGCUGAUGGAAAUUUCACAGGUGUUAUAACAGGCCUCAUUCCAUCCACUCAAUAUAUUAUUACCGUAAGUGCGUGUGGCCAUGACGGCUGCACUGAGAGUCCAAUUGACAGUGACGGUGGAAAUGAUUUGGGAUUCAGCCUCACAACUCCAGUGGAAGCUCCAGAAGCAGUUUCUUCUCCAUCAGCAGUUUCAUCUCCUUCAGCUCUUUUUGUAAUUUGGGAACCUCCAGGAAGGCCUAAUGGAGAAAUUACAGAGUACCUCCUUUAUCACAAUGACCAAAUGGUGUACAGAGGGAAAAACAGACACCAUAACAUCACUGGACUUGGUGUGUACUCCACCCACUUCUUGGUACUGAGUGCGUGCACUUCUAUGGGUUGUACAAACAGUUCCCAAGUUACAGCUCUGACCUCUCAGCUUCCUCCUGGACCUUUGCAUGCACCAACUCUAACCCCACUGGACUCUCGGACCAUAUUUGUUGAGUGGUUGCGUCCGUCGCAGAUAAAUGGCGUUUUGGAGUUCUAUUCAAUCUUCCUUUCACAAGAUGGUGCAGAGCCACUGCUGGCCUACAACAGCACUGCAAUUGUAGAAGACCACACACUCCGAAACUUAACUCCUGGGACAUUCUAUGCCAUUACAGUAGCUGCUUGUACAGGUGGGGGGUGCACAUUAAGCCCCCCGAGCCAUGCUCAGACUGAGGAGAGCAGCCCUGAAAAUGUUCCUGCACCCCUGGUCACCCCUUUGUCCCCACAUGCCCUCAACGUCAGCUGGAGUCCCCCUCACACUCCAAAUGGUGUCAUCACUAGUUAUGGCCUCUGGCUAGAUGGAGUCCUAAAAGUUAAUUCUAGUUCCUCUGAGAGGUUCUUCGUGGUGGAGGAACUCUCUCCAUGGAGUCGGCACAUACUCAGACUGCAGGCCUGCACAGCUCAGGGCUGUGGCAAGGGGCCUAUGGUGGAAAUGCGGACUUUAGAGUCAGCUCCAGAAGGCCCUCUUCUGCUGGAACUGACCAAUCAGAGUUCCAGAUCCCUCCAAGCCCGCUGGACAGCCCCUACAAGAGCAAAUGGAAAUCUGAACUACACACUGUACUACAAAAGCAAAGAUGGUGAAAGUAUGACGGAUGGAGGUUCAGCAGCAGGAAUCUGGAUGUCUGUGACUGACCUGCAGCCUUACACAAACUACAGCUUCUACGUCAGAGGGUGUAACACUCAGGGUUGUGUUGAGAGCCUGCCGCUGACUUUUAUCACACUCCCAGCAGCGCCAGAUGGGCUGUCACCUCCAGCUGUGGUUAAUUCAACUAGUACCAGCCUGAAUGUUUCCUGGUCCGCGCCCGCCAAUUCCAACGCUCCAGGUCCACUUUACUACAGUUUGCAGAUGAGAACAUCCCCACACAGGUCGGCAAUAAGGCUUGUGGACAAUGCCACAGACACAUUUUCCUACUAUGUCACUGGUUUAUCACCAUACACAAAAUACCAGUUCAGGGUGGUGGUUUCUCACAUUCACGGGAAAACAGCCGGCGCUUGGGAAACCUUCAGCACAGCAGAGGACAGUCCAGGACCAUUAGAUCCUCCAAAUAUUCUUGGACUUCAAUCUAGAAGUAUAUUAGCCUUCUGGAUUUCUCCCAAACAGCCAAAUGGACAUAUUACAAAUUAUACCCUCUAUCUGUUCCCCGGAUCUGUUACUUCUGAUUACAAACCUAAUUCAUUUUCCAAUGCAACUAAAAGCCUACAUACAAACCUCAGCCCUCUGAUCAACUCAAACUCAAGUUUUCAUACAUUAUCAGAUUUUACUACCCCAUCUGGCUCAGACUUCAUCUCUGUGUCUCCUUUUAACACAGUCUCAAAUAUUGUAUCAAGUUUUGGUGAAGGCCCAGCGCAUGCAUUCCCUCACCAUUUUUCAACCAUGAAUCCUCGAAAUGUAGAGAACAGUGACAUUCAGUCAACACAUUUCAACAGUUCCACCUCAAGUUUUUUUAGUUCACCAUCAAGACUGACUCCUCUAUCAGCAACUGUUCCCGGGAAUACUACCAGUUAUGCUUUUGUCGACCUUCUUCCGUACCAGACUUACAUCCUUCAGGUGGAAGCAUGCAACAGCGUGGGCUGUUCACUGUCUUCGAUGUCUCAGCGGUUUCGUACUCUCCCAGCUACCCCUGAAGGGGUUCCUGCACCUGACCUUUACUCUGACACUCCCACCUCUGUCCUCUUAUCAUGGGGUGCACCAGAGAAAAGUAACGGACCAUUGGAGCGCUGGCUGAUGGAGCGCAGACUUGUGGGAACCAAAAAAGUUUCCAUAGUGGGCCAUCUUCCAGCAGAUCCUCCUCCACUCUCUUUCCUUGACUCCUCCUCAGCCCUCAGUCCCUGGACUACUUAUCAGUAUCGACUCGUGCUUCAGAAUCAGGCUGGAAAUGCUACAGGGCCCUGGGUGAAUGUCACUACUCGGCCAUCUCGACCUGCUGGUCUCAGUCCACCAAAGGUGAAGGUUUUGGGACCAGAAUCUCUUCAAAUCGCUUGGUCCCCUCCUCUUAUACCCAAUGGAGAGGUUCAUGGGUAUGAGAUCCGUCUCCCAGAACCCCAGUUCUCCCAUGAUGCUGCCGAUGGAGCUCUUCUCAAUGUCACCGUAACAAAUCUUGUUCCCUACACAAACUACAGCGUCACAGUGCUAGCGUGCUCUGAGGGUGGAGGUCAUGUUGGGGGAUGCACAGAAAGUCUCCCAACUCCUGUUACCACUUUCCCCUCAAGGCCCGGAGGCCUUGCACCUCUGUCAAUAGUGUCAGUGAGUGAAUCUUUCCUGGCCAUUUCCUGGCAACCCCCAAGCCGACCAAACGGACCAAAUAUCAGAUACAACUUGCUCAGACGUAAAUCCCGUGAACCCCUGGCUGUAACCUCAGCCCCUGCAUCAACAGCCACAUCCCCGCCUCCCUCUGAAGAUCUCCAUCGUUGGCUCCAUGUUUACUCCGGGACCAAAUUGUUCUACCAAGAUAAAGGCCUAAGCAGAUUUACACAAUACCAGUACCAGUUAGAGGUUCAAAAUGAUGUGGGUCAGACUGCUGGAGAGGUUUUUGCGGCAUGGACCAUGGCAGGGCUUCCACAAAAGUCUCCAUCAGUGUCUGUUCAUCCUGUCAAUCACACAGCCUUACAAGUCAACUGGACACAACCAUCUUUGCAAGAUCUCCAAGGAGAGGUUGAAUGUUUCUUCCUCACUGUAGAGCCUCCGCAGCCAGGUCUGACGCAAACAUUUGGACCAGACGUUAAGUCCACUGUGAUUAACAACCUUUGGCCCAGUACCAACUACCUGGUCUCAUUACAAGUCUUCAAUGGAGCACACAAUACAUCCAAGACUGUAGUUAAUGUCACCACAGCAGAUGGAAAGCCAGAAGGGAUGCUGGCACCAGAAGUGAUUCCUGUAAACAGCAGUACAGCACGCGUUCUUUGGUUCCCUCCUCUUCAACCCAAUGGAGCUGUUACUGGUUACAAAAUAUAUCUUAAUGACCAUUUACAUGACAGUGUGGAUCCGAACUCUGGCUCAUACCUGUUGGGGGACCUAUUGCCUUUUACAAUCUACAGUAUUCAGGUGGAAGCGUGCACAAAAUAUGCUUGUACUAGAAGCAAUGUCACAAAAACAACCACUGUAGAAGACCUGCCUGCUGACUGGAGCACUCCACAUGUUCAAGUAAUCAGUCCCAGGUCGGUACAACUCCAUUGGUCCCAUCCAGGCAAACCCAAUGGAAUCAUGCUCGGCUACGAAGUUUUAAGACGGACACUUAGAUCAUGCACCCAGGGAGGGGCAAGGGUUACACCCUCCUCGGGGAGGGACUUGAACAAUGCAGGUGUUUUAAGGUUUAGAUGCUCAUACCUGCAGUGUCCUUUGAAUCACAGUGUGUGUGGGACAUCCUGCUUCGAUCCAGAUAAACAGGUUUGCUGCACUGGACAGUUACACAUGAAGAAGCUGCAUCAUUAUUGUUGUGACGGCAGUUAUAUGAGUUGGAAUAAUUUUUCCAUCCCGGUGUGCUGCAAUGGCAAACUGAUCCCAUCUCUCCCAGGGCACCAGUGCUGUGAAGGAUAUUAUGUUCUUGUUAAAACCAAUGAAUACUGCUGUCCUGACCACUUGCAGGGCCGAGUCUCCGUGGGGCUGGGUGACAGAUGCUGUGGGGGGGUUCCUUACUCCAUGACAGGCGGCCAGCUCUGCUGCAGUGGGAGCCUUCAUGAUGGCUAUGGGGUUCAAUGCUGUGGAGGCCGGCUUGUAGAUGAUACCCUGGUGUGCUGUGGAAAUGCUGAGAGUGGGGAAGUGUACAAAGACAUUCCAGGGUUUAUCUGCUGUGGUACAGAGUACAUAAACUCUUCUACCUCUCUUUGCUGUUCGGGCAAUGACGGAUAUCCCAUAAUACAUCCUGCUGGCAAUGCCACAGUGACAUUGAAGUGCUGUGGGUCAAUGGUCAUACAUCAGGAUGAGGAAUGCUGCAGUGGGGUUGGAUUUGACCCCCAACAACAUGUGUGUGCUGACCGCGCCACACCUGGCCUGUUAAUACAGCAUCAGUGUUUGCGGGGCUCUGUGUGUCCUCUUGCUGCAGCACCCACAGCUUACUGUGGCUCCUGUGACCUUGAUCCUUCUCUGACUGCCUGCACAUGGGUCCUGAUUGACACACAAUCCAUGCCCUACUCGCCGUUUAUCAGCAAAAUACAAGAGGCUCGCACUGCAGGCCUGUCAGUGCAUGCAAAAAGAAAUAAUACUUACAAAAUAGCAGACAUAUACAGUAGCACUGAGGACAUGCCAUCCGAGGGAACCCUUUGCCUGUCCCCUGAGGAGGUGGUGUACAGAAGUGAUGCCAGCAGUCAGUCAUACACGGAUUCUGAUUUGGAGCCCUUCACUGUAUACGAGUAUAGAGUUAGCGGUUGGAACAGCUUUGGCUGGAGCUCCAGCAACACUACAGCAGUGACAACCAGUGAAGACAAACCCUGGGGUGUGGCCCCACCCCGCUGGAGUCGCCUAGGAGAACGAGACGACAUUAUCCAGUUAAAAUGGCAAGCUCCUGCCAGACCCAACGGGCGGAUCACUCAUUAUGUUAUACUGAGGGAUGGACAAGAACGUUACCGUGGAGAUGAAAGCAGUUUUACUGAUGUUGGUGGGGUCAGGCCUUUUCAGGAGUAUGGUUACCAGCUGAGGGCCUGUAAUCGAGCAGGUUGUACUGACAGCACAAAGGUGAUGGCUGUGACAGUUCAGGGAGUCCCAGAGGGCGUGCUGCCUCCAGUCGUAAAAGCUCUAAGCCCCUCCUCCCUAAGCCUGAGCUGGUCUGAGCCUUCUCGUCAAAAUGGAAUCAUACAACUUUACCACCUGAACCAGACUGGCAUCGGAACCGUGUUCACACACACUGAUGGACCCAAAAAUUAUACUGUAAAAGGCUUGCAGCCAUAUACAAACUACAGUUUUGUGCUGGUAGCCUGUACAGCUGUUGGCUGUGGAGUCAGUCAACCAUCAACAGGACUCACCUUGCAAGCCAAACCUGCCGGUGUGUGGUCGAAGCCGAGGCACCUGAUAAUAAAUACGUCCGCAGUGGAGCUGUACUGGGAUCAGCCGUCUCAACCUAAUGGACUCAUCUCCCAGUACAGGCUGAUCCGAGAUGGUCUCACUGUUUUUACGGGAGCCCGGCGUGACCAGAAUUACACCGACACUGGACUGGAGCCAAAACGCAGGUACUUUUACGAGCUAGAGGCUGUUACAGGAGGGGGCACAGGAGUGAGUGACAAAUAUGCCGUACAAACACCCGCAUCCUGUCCCACGGGGAUCCCACCCCCCCACAGAGUGACUGCGUUGGGCCCCUUCUCCAUCUCUCUUACCUGGUCCCCUCCUGCUCACUUUAACAACACUGAACCUGUAUACUACAACAUCCUUUUCAAUGCUGGAAGUCGCAAGGCCAUAACAUUUCAUGGCGGGCAGCACCAGCAGCUCUCCGUGUCGGCCCUCGAUCCUUUCACCGUUUACAGUGUAAGAGUGCAAGCUUGUCAGAGUGGAGGGUGUGGAAUAGGCGACAGGGGCUAUGUUCGCACGUUAGAGACUACACCUGAAAGAUUGCCACCACCCACCGUAAAAGCCGCUGGAGCUAAAGUCCUGGAGAUCUCCUGGACACCCCCUUUGAAACCAAAUGGAUUCAUCACCUCCUACCAUGUAUUUAGGCGUCCAUUAGGAACAGAAGAGGAGCUGCUGGUUUUCAUUUGGUCAAGUGGUCCUCUUCAGUUUGUUGAUGCAAGCCCUGCCCUGCAACCCUACAGCUACUUUCAGUACAGAGUUCGCGCCUAUAACUCAAAAGGCUCGGUUCUGAGUCAGUGGACUUCAGCCAGGACCUUACAGGCAAAACCAAAAGACAUAGCUCCUCCUAUUGUUACACCUUCAGGUGCGUACUCAGUAAAUGUGAAAUGGAGUGAGCCAGGGCAGCCCAAUGGCCUCAUAUCUCAUUAUAGGCUGGUUUACAAGAAGCACCAACAGGACCCGACUCUCAACCCAACUGCUAUGGUUGCUCUCACUGUGGAGGAUUCAAUUUUGGAGGCUACAGUCUACGGCCUUGAACCAUACACUCAGUACAGUGUUUGUGUCGAAGCUGUGAAUGGUGCAGGAAAUGUUUUCAGUCCAUGGGUGGACGUCAGGACCUUAGAGGCUUCUCCUGGUGGGCUUGCUAACUUCACAGUUGAUCAGAAGGAGCAGGGCAGGGCACUGAUGCUCAGCUGGGAUGAACCUCUUGCACCUAAUGGCGUUAUAACGAUAUAUAGAGUGUACAGCGAAGGGAACCUGGAAUUCAGCGGCCUCUCUCGUAGUUUCCUUUUUCGCCGUUUAGAGCCAUGGAGCAUUUACUCUCUAACUCUUGAAGCCUGUACGCUGGCAGGCUGCACACACACCCCACCUCAGCUCAUCACUACCGGAGCUGCACCGCCUGCUUCCCAGUCACCCCCUCUACCUCUCUCCAUUGGCCCAGAUAAUGUGUCACUUACUUGGAGCCCACCCUCCCAACCCAAUGGACCAAUUGGAGAGUAUUCCUUGCGUGGAAGAAGUCUUGAGUGGAAGGGGCGAAGUACUGAAGAGGAUGGAGGCAAAGUGCUCUUCAUAAAAUCAUCCCCAAAAGAAGGGGAAACUCUCUCCUUCACAGUGACAGAUUUGCGUCCCUGGACUCAAUAUGAGUUCAGCAUUUGUGCUCACAACCCAGCUGGACAAACCUGCAGCCCCUGGAUCACUGUGUCGACCAAACAAGCCCCCCCUCGAGGGUUAUAUCCUCCAAAACUGAGUCAUGUCAAAGAGCGGAUCAGUGAGGUCAUGGUGACCUGGAAUCCUCCAUUUGAGCCUAAUGGGAUUCUUCAGUCAUACAGGAUUCAAAGAAACAAUGUCAGCUUCUCAUUCAGCUUUGACCCAACUGUCCUCACCUACACAGAUCGAGGCCUGCAGCCAUUUUCAACAUACAGCUACUCCAUCAUAGCCUGUACAUCUGAGGGAUGUACAACCAGCCCUCAGACAAACAUCACAACUCUAGAAGCUCCACCGUCCAAGGUGGAAACUCCCACAGUGGAUGCUGUCACAUCCAGCAGUGUAAGGAUUUCUUGGAGUGAGCCUCUGAUGCAGAAUGGAAAGGUCACAGAAUAUGUGCUGAAAUUGAACAAUGAAGAUGUCUAUCGCGGGAAAGACCUCCAAACUGUGCUGCUGGAUCUCCAGCCGCACAUGUCAUAUGAGCUGGUUCUGUUGGCUUGCAACAGCGGGGGUUGCACUCCCAGCAUCAUCACAUCUGCCGUCACAGAGGAAGCUCCUCCCACUGGCCUGGCUGCCCCAACUCUUAAGGUCACUGGUCCAGAGUCGGUGGAGAUUAGCUGGAGGCCACCAGAACAUCCCAAUGGCAUCAUCACAGGGUAUGAGCUCCGCAGGGAUGGUGAAGUUGUUUAUGUUGGCACAGAGACCCAUUACCACGACUUCACACUCCUGCCAAGUGUGGAGUAUAGCUAUGUGGUCAGGGCCAACAACAGCAGAGGUGCAGUGACUAGCCAGGCAUCCACAGCAAAAACUCAUCCUUCAUCGCCUUCUGGUGUCAGUCUUCCAGUUCUGAAACCAUUGGCGGGUGGUCAGGUGAGAGUUGGUUGGCAGACUCCAGCUCGUCCAAAUGGAGACAUUGUGAGUUACACUGUCGACCUUAGAGAUCCUGUCCACCUCAGGGUCAUCAGCUCAGUGUUUACUCUGGAGGACAGUGCCUUUUCUGAAAAACACACCAUUCUGCAUGGCCUGGAUCCUUACCACCGGUAUGAGGUAAGAGUGGAGGCCUGCACAGCGCUGGGCUGCUCCUCAAGUGACUGGUCCUCUGUACUCACGCUGGAGGCUCCCCCUGCUGGACAGAUGCCACCUUUGUUAGACCUUCAACUUGACCCAAACACCAACCUGCAGACCUGCUUUCUGGUCACCUGGUCUCCUCCAGCUAAGCCAAAUGGUAGAAUUCAGCGCUAUGAAGUGCACCGCAAGCUGGACCCCACCCCUGACAGCAACAGAACCCCUCCAGCCACCGUUGUUUACAAGAAUAUCUCCACUGCCUUCAAAGAUAGUGAACUCCAACCCUACACUCUAUACCAGUAUCAGGUGUGGGCGGUGAAUUCAGCUGGUCAUUGUGCCAGUUCGUGGGUCAGUGGGAGAACAGGUCCUGCCCCACCUGAGGGCGUUAGCGCACCUAUUUUCCUGCAUGUUUCUGCAACCUCUGCUGUCGUGGACAUCCAUCCUCCAGCCAAACCCAACGGGAUCGUCAGUCUUUACAGAGUGCUGUCCCUGCAACGCAACAACCACACUCUGCUCUCAGAGGGAACCUCCCUGCAGCAGACACUUUAUGAUUUACACCCUUUCACUCAGUACUGGGUUGGAGUUGAGGCCUGCACCUGUUAUCAGUGUUGUAGUCGGGGUCCAUUGAGAAAGCUUCACACCCUGGCCGCUUCCCCAGCUGACCAGCCCCCUCCUCGUCCCGUCACCCUGACGUCCCGCUCCGUGCAGAUGGAAUGGGAUGAACCUUUAGAACCUAACGGGAUCAUUGAGAGGUGUGAGCUUCAUCUCAGGUCAGGAUGCCCACCGCCCCCACAGCCUGUGCCCCUCCCCUGCAUGGUGGGAGCAACAGAAAUCAUUUUCUUUGGAAAAAACAAGAGCUACAAUGUUACAGGUCUUCAACCGUACUCCACGUAUGAGCUGAGGGCUGCUUGCUUCAACAACAUGGGCAGCGCUGCUUCCAACUGGACUGCUGUUCGCACACUCAGUGAAGCUCCGCAGUAUGUGUCUCCCUUCUUAGUGGACAGCAACCUGACCAUGAUUUGGCUGGACUGGUCGGGGACCUUCUCCCUGAACAGCUAUUUGAAGGAGUACACCGUGACAGAGAGUCAGCUGAGGGUCUACACUGGUUUCUACAGCUACCUGCAUAUCCCACGUAUCUCACGGAAAACUCUGACCUUCCAGGUGACGUGUACAACAGACAGCGGCAGUGCCAGCACUCCCACAAUCAGAUACAGCCCAGUCAUAGGUCUCCUUGAGCCUGCAGACACUGAAAAACAGGGUGUCAGUGUGUCUCCAACACCCGUUUACUUUGAACUGUGGUUCAUACUGCUGUUUGCCCUUCUGGGUCUGUUUUUACUUGCCUUACUGCUGGGCCUCCUUUUGAAAAGAACUUUGAGGAAAAAUCCCACAGCCAGAGAGCGCCCUCCACUGGUAAUGCUUCAGAAAACCAGAAAGUCUGGUGGAGAGAUGUACACAGUGAGAGACAAAGAAAGGAGAAGCUACUCAGACACUCAGAAGAGGUCCUGUCCUGAGCUGUGCUCUAAACAUCUCUCCAGCUUCAUGCUCCAUCCUGAACGCCCCAGAGGUCUGACAGACACAAGUAUUCCAGGUGGCGGCCCGCGCUUCGGCCCCAUGUCUGUCCUGCGGGUUCCCAACCAGACAGAGUUCACGCAAGCUUACUCCCAGCAUUCUUUGCACCGCAGCGUCAGUCAGCUGAUUGACCAAAAGUCACUUAUGGUGGAGGAAGGCUGGGAUAACCCUUUGGGACACGAUUCUGGACUGUAUGUGGAGGAAGAGGACUUUGUAGAUGCCAUCAAGGCCUUAGGUUCUGCUAAGAAGGAGCACACCAUGUUCAAUGACACACAUCUUUAGGACGAGCUACGGUGAUCGUGCAGAGUGAAGCAGUGUUAAUGUUGUCUUUUGUAAGUGGCAUUUGCAUGACUUCUGCUUCAAACGAAGAGCCUUUACUGUGUUAUUGGAAAGAAUAUAUGUUUACACAUGGGAGCUGUGACAUAAAAACCUGUAGGAUAUCUGCAGCAUAUAACAUCAAACUGCAGCAAAAGGUGAAGAACGUACCGUCAAAUUUCAGGAUGGGUUAUGGCUCGAUAUGUCUGCUUGCCACUAUUUGUAUUUGAGCUUUUUUUUUUUAAAGUGCAGCUAGAUGAACUGAAAAGUGUUUAAUGAAUCUAGCUUUGCUUACACGUUUGUAACAUCAGUUGUGAUUUAGUUGUAAUGAAAUAUGUUGCCUUCAUGUUGUCAUUAUUAGAUAUUAUUAUUAUUAUGCCAAAUGUCUUGUUUUUAUAAUGAUGGGAAUCCCAGAUGUGCCGUGUGAGUUUUAUGAUUAUGUAUUGGAUGUAAAGCCCAGACUGACGUUUUUGCCUUACUUCAUUAAUUGUAAAUUUACUUUAAAUGGGAGGCAGGUUUAUGGUGAAAUCUAGUUUUUGCAUAUUAUGUAGUGUGGUUUGUUGUGAGUGUGUCAGUAUUCCUAUUUGACCAGCUUACAAAUCCAUCAAUGUUAGAGAUCAAUCCGUUUAUCCCUUGUUCUAUCUUAGAUGACCCCACCCUUACAUUGACGUGUUCUUCCUACCAUGACAAAGGUGGAUAAAGGUAGAAAGAUUUCAUGUAAUCCAUGGA